AUGGAAAACAUCCGUUCAGACUCUAGGUCCACUGUUAAGAACAAUAUAGUACCUUCCAGUGAAAGCAGGAAAGAACUAGCCAAGCAAGCCAAUAUAACCAAAGAGGAGAGAAGAGCUCAGAUAGAUGGAAGACACAGGUAUUUGAUAUCAAGAUUAGCAGAUGGGAUAGACUUGAGUGAGCAGCAAGUGGAGGAGACCAUUAUUUCUGAUGACAAGUUUCAGCUAAUAGAACAAUUCUUUGCCCCUAGAGGACUUAAAAAGUUGAUCUUCUUUUAUCAAGAUGUAUUGCAGCAAAAGUCGAAUGCAUCGAGGCCAGAUGGGUCAACAAACAAUUUGCCUCAGAAGAAGUUAUUUAUUACCAUGGGUUCCACUGAGGACUUUACAGGAACUUGUGCAUUUUUCCUAAAAACAUCAGAUGAAGUUGUAACUGCAUCAAAUGUCUCUCAGGAGGUGAAUUUUGGCAUGUUUGAUUGUACUAAUGGAAAUAUCCUCCAGGGUCUGGAAUUCUUUUUGUCACAGAUCACGAUACCAGCACUUAAAUCCCAACAGAACUGGGGAGCUGUGAAAGAAGGCUUGAAGAACAGCCAGAUACAAGAGUUUCUGUAUGCAGUGGAUAAAUUUGUGAGUACUUUGUCAUCAUCUAGACAAAAUAUAGAAGAUAAAAUUCAGCUCGCAAAAGUGGAUAUUGAUGUUUAUGUCAGAAACUUACAGAACCCAUCUGACUACAUAACUGCAGGUUUGUGA